AUGGGUAAACUAACCAGUCUUACACAAGAAGAAAUGGAUAAUGUGAUUUAUGAUGCAAGAUUUGGCGAUCUGGAAUCACUUACUGAAAUCUUCACGAAAGAAGUCGAACCAUCUGUUAUCAAGACUAUAAAAGAUGAAUAUUCUUUAUCAACCCCAUUUCACAUGGCUGCUGCGAAUGGCCACAUAGAGGUAUUGAAGUUCUUGCUAUCUCUCAUUCCAGAUGAAGAUGAAAGAAAAAAUAUUUUGAACCUGAAGAAUGAUAGUGGAAACACAGCUUUACAUUGGGCUGCAUACAACGGCCAUCUCGAAAUAGUUCAAAUGUUAUGCGACAGUGGUUCUGAUCCAUUUAUAAGGAACAACUACAACCAUGAUGUCUUUUUCGAGGCAUCUAACAAUGAACAGGAAGAAGUUGACGAUUACUUACUACAGAAGUAUGGUAAUAUUGUUGAAAAGGGUAUUGACGAAGAUGAUACAAAUGGAAACCAUGAGGCUGUCGAGGAAAAAGACCAAAUUAAGUUCAGUGAAGGUACAGAAAUCAGUAAAGUUACCGAGGAGGACAAGAAAGCUGUUGCACAAAUGACUGAACAAACCCAGAAACUUUCGGUGUAA